CCUUCUUUCCUGCCUUUUCCUCAACUCUCUCCACCCCUUGCGUUCUCCGCCCUGCUCGCCUCCAGUCCUCCCCUCCCGCUCCAUCCGGGUCGCUGACGGCUGUCUCUGGACUGGAGAGUGGUGGCGGCUGCUUUUCUUGGAGGAACCUGAUAAGAACUUCAGUUUUCUGUUGAUGUGGAGUCAUACAGUACCUUCAGCUUUCCAGUGUUUCAGAAGGGAAUUUUGUGUUGAAACUGGAAGACCAAAAUAAUUACAAGCAUGUUGUGCUGGGGAAAUGCAUCCUUUGGACAACUAGGUUUGGGUGGAAUUGAUGAAGAAAUUGUACUAGAGCCCAGAAAAAGUGACUUUUUUAUGAAUAAAAAGGUCCGAGAUGUAGGAUGUGGACUCAGGCAUACCGUAUUUGUUCUGGAUGAUGGAACUGUGUACACGUGCGGAUGUAAUGAUCUAGGACAGCUAGGUCAUGAAAAAUCCAGGAAGAGACCCGGACCCUACAUCUGAGGAAUUUCAAGAGCAUUACACAAUAACUCAUGGUUCCUUUCAAAAUGCUUGUGACACAGUUUGCAAGAAUUAUCCUCAUCUUAGGGGAUAAAUUUUCGGAGAAAUGGCAGCACAAGUUGGUAAGUAACUUGUCAAAACAGCAGGUGACUGGCAAACAGCUAUAAGUUGAAUCUGAAAAUUUAAGCAUACCAGUCUCCUACCUUAUUCAGUAAAUUGUGCUUAUGUUUAGUAUUAUUUACAGUAAUAUAUAUUUGAGGCAGAUCAAAUACUAAUUCACAGAUUGUGAUGUUGCCAUUGUAUUUGGUGGCUUAUUGUAAUAAAUCAGUAUUUUAGUAAGAUGAUUACAUUGCUAUACCACUUUGUUAUUUCCUUAUAACCCUGGGUGGUAUGAAAAAUACUCAUUUUAAAAUUUGAUUUAAUUUUUUUUUAUUUUUUUGUGGUUCUGGGGACCAAAUCCAUGGCCUCAUGCGUGCUAAGCAGGGACUCUUGACACUGAGCUACAACCCCAGCCCAAGAAAGUUAGACAAAUAAGUAAAACUUACUAUGGUAAUACCUAGUCUUCUCUCAUUUCUUGGUUACACGUUCUAUAUCUCUCUGUUGUCUUAACUGCUAUUCUGUGCUACUGUCAAAAGUCUACAGUAAUUGCUAUGCAGGGUUGAUUUGGUGGCUAACAUUAGAACUUGUAUUAGUUAUUAGUGUAUCUACAUGAUACACUAUAACUGUCAUGUAGAUACUUUAAUCUGUCCUUGGGAUGCAUAGACUUGAAGAUGUUUUAUAAAACUCUUAACCCACACAGAAAACAUAAGAGAAGUAGAUGCUUAAUCUGAGCAGGCUUAACAAAUAAUGACUUCUUUAAAGAAUUUUCUCUUUCUGUUCAGUAGUGUUUGUAUAAGAUUGGAAUUGAGCUACAUACUUAUAUUUGGUUAAAAAUGAUAAUGAGCCAGACAUGGUGACACAUGCCUGUUAUCCCAACAUUGGGAGGCUGAAGCAAAAAGAUUGUGAGUUUGAGGCCAGCCUGGGCUACAUUUCAAGACCCUGUCUCAAAACACAAAACAAACAACAAAAACCAGGAGUAUGGUGGAUUUCAAUUUUAUAGUUUGGGCAGUUACCAAAGAUUCUUGUUGCAGAUGGCAGUGUAGGUGGUCCAGUUUGCAUCAUCUUCUUAGGAGAGAUUCCUAAAGAUUUUUAGGGUUCUGUGUUCCCAAUAUGUUAUGAAGGUAGAAUGGUUGUUAGGACUCAUUCUCACAAACUCCAUGUAUUUUAAAAACUGAUUUGAGGCUAUAGAAGUCACUUUUUUUCUAAACUAAAAAGCAUACUGAGUACUUGGGAUACAUUUAGAAACAACUUGAUAGAGGUGAUAUACUCAGACAUUGUUGCAAGAAUUUAUUUGGACUAGAAUUGAAUUCAUAGAAAAAUGGGUAGUAUUUAUGAAGAAACUAUUAACAAGCCCAUGGUUUAUUUUCUUUCUGCUUCUCUGUUUUUCCAUGCUGAUGAAAUUAAAAAGGUAGUAAUUAUUUUUAAAUCUUAAUGAAUGGUGAUACUUUAUGUGCAAGAAAAGCUUGUGCUAUAUGUAAUCAGUAUACAGAAAUUUAUUUGAGUUAUUUGCAGUUUGAACUCGGCUUCUGCACUUGCUAGGCAGGUGCUCUACUGAUUGAGCCACCUCCAGCCACUUCUUUAUUUUUAUUAAAAAAAUUUUUUUUUCUUUGUGGGGCUGAGGAUAGAACCCAGGACAUUGUGCAUUUUAGGAAAGCACUCUGUUACUGAGCUACAUCUCCAGUCCUUUUUUAUUUAAUUACAUUUAUUUAUUAUUAAUCUGUUUUGUGGUACUAGAGGUUGAACCCAGGGCCUUGCAGUGCUAGAUAAGUACUCCAUCAGUGGAGUACUUGCCUCUACUUCUUUAUUAAUGGCCAAGUUUAGCCUCAGUUUUUCCAUUGUUAGGUGUGAUACUAUUCUGAAAUACAUAUUUUUAGUUUUUCAUAAUUUUUUCUAGAUACAAAGGCAUUACAUGGUUUUAGAAACUAUAGGAGAGCAAAAAUCAAGUGAUUAUGUGUAAAUACUUUGAUCAUUUGGGACCUUUUUUGUACUCAUGUUCCUAACUAAAGACUGGGAGUACAUUCUUGUAUCUCAACUUUUUUUCAAAAUAAUUAAAUAAUUAGUAUUCUCCAUGUUUUAAAAUAUUGUUUAGGGAUGUUAGAAUGAUAAUUUAAUGUUUCCUCAUUUAUGU